AGGUGUAACUUGCCAAUGCUGAAAAUUUUUAAAGCCGGAGAUACUAACCAGGAUGGACAGCUGGAUUUUGAAGAAUUUAUGCAGUAUCUUAAAGAUCAUGAGAAAAAAAUGAAACUGGCAUUUAAGAGCUUGGACAAAAACAAUGAUGGAAAAAUUGAAGCAUCAGAAGUUGUCCAGUCCCUCAAGAUAUUGGGUAUAAGCAUUUCAGAAAAACAGGCAGAAAAGAUUCUGCAGAGUAUUGAUGCUGAUGGCACAAUGACAGUAGACUGGAAUGAGUGGAGAGAUCAUUUUAUGUUUAACCCGGCUACAGACAUUGAGGAAAUAAUUCGAUACUGGAAACAUUCCACUGUGUUGGACAUAGGAGAUAGUUUGACUGUUCCAGAUGAGUUCACGGAGGAAGAGAAGAAGACUGGACAGUGGUGGAAACAGCUGUUGGCAGGAGGAGUUGCUGGUGCUGUCUCCCGAACAGGUACAGCACCGUUAGAUCGCCUUAAAGUGAUGAUGCAGGUUCAUGGUUCAAAAUCAAACAAAAUGAAUAUAGCCAGUGGUUUUAAGCAAAUGUUGAAAGAAGGUGGUGUCCGAUCUCUCUGGAGAGGAAAUGGUGUAAAUGUUGUCAAAAUAGCUCCUGAAACAGCUAUUAAGUUCUGGGCUUAUGAACAGUAUAAGAAGAUACUCACUAAGGAUGAUGGAAAGUUAGGCACUGUGGAAAGAUUUGUAUCUGGUUCUUUGGCUGGAGCAACAGCACAAACUUCUAUUUAUCCCAUGGAGGUUUUAAAGACCAGAUUGGCUGUGGGUAAAACAGGACAAUAUUCUGGGAUGUUUGACUGUGCUAAGAAGAUCUUAAAAAGAGAGGGUGUAAAGGCCUUCUACAAAGGCUAUGUUCCCAAUAUUCUGGGUAUAAUUCCUUAUGCUGGCAUUGACCUUGCUGUUUAUGAGCUCUUAAAGAGUACAUGGCUGGAACACUAUGCAUCAAGCUCUGCUAACCCAGGUGUUUUUGUAUUGUUGGGAUGUGGUACUGUUUCCAGCACAUGUGGGCAGCUAGCCAGUUACCCUCUUGCCCUCAUCAGAACACGCAUGCAGGCUCAAGCCUCAGUGGAAGGAGCUCCGCAGCUAAACAUGGUUGGUCUCUUCCAAAGAAUUAUUGCUGUAGAGGGAAUCCGAGGACUUUAUAGGGGCAUAGCCCCUAAUUUUAUGAAGGUACUUCCGGCUGUCAGCAUCAGCUAUGUUGUAUAUGAAAAAAUGAAGCAGAAUUUGGGAAUAGCGUGAAAUGAAGGUGAAAGGUGAGAUGCUUCUCAUGUUGUUGGAAACACCAGAACAAAAAUGAUUUCUCGAGUAAUCUGCUCUCACAAUUAGAGACAGAUCUUUGUGGAGAGAUGCUGCAACUUCUACUUUUGCCCUAAAGUGGGAAGAAACUUUCUCAAAUUCUAGUUCACCAUUUCUAAACAGAUACCUAUAUUGCACUUUAAAAUGUCACUGAGGUUUUUUUAAAAGAAAGAAACUAUCUUUAAAUCAACAAUAUGUUUAUAUUUUCAGGAAAUCAGGCAUAUUUUACUCUUUGGCUUUUUUUUUUUAAAUUUGUUUUCUCCAAAUGUGUAUUUGGCGUGGAUCAAACCAAAGGUAGGAGAAGUUUAUACUACCUUGAUACUGAAUAUAUGAAAGUGACUUUUUGUUUUGUCACGCUGCCUAUACUCAAGCAAUUCACAGGCAAUAUUUUGCACACCUAGAAGCAAGCACUUACUGUUGUUGUUUUUGAAGACUUAAUGUUGAGUUCAUAAAAAUAUCAUCUUAGAUACAGACAACAAUGGAGUAACACAUUAAAAUGUAGCCCAUCACUUUUAUCUUCAGGCUAACCUAUAUCUUGUUUUAAUUUGAAGAGUAAGAGCCUGAAAAACUGCUGUUCCAUGGUAUUGGAAUACCUCAAAUGGAUUUACAUGGUAUUUUUGUAAUACAAUCAGUGAUUUUCAUAACUUGCUUCACUGGACCUACUUUUCAUUGCACUUGUAAAUGCUAGCACCAUUAGCCAUGACAAGCUUUGGGUAACAGCUGCACGUUUUAUAGGAUCAUAAUAUACAGGAACAGAAAAAGCUUGGUUACUAGAUCCAUUCCAUACAAGUGCAAGUUACCAUUUAAAAACGGGGUGGAGGGUCUAGUGUUAAGCAGGUAGUGAUUGUAAUACAGCCAAUAGCAGAGCUCAUCAUAGCUGCCUUGGGGAGAGAAAUGCUUCUCAUUUUGGACUCUCCAUUCUUUCCCUUACUCAGAGGGCUACAGUCCACUAUGUGCUUUUAGCCAAUGGAGGAUUGCAUUAUUAUGCAAGGGUUUUGCAGGUUUGUCAUGCAAGAUAAAUCCUCUGUCCCUCAGUCUUCUGUGUAUGCUGGCUGCAUGUGUGAAAUUCAGAGUAAACUACUGAGUUUUGUCCAAGUGACCAAAUGGGACUGCUGAUCUCAGGUGCCCAUCAGAUUGAUGUUAAUGAAGCAAGCAAAGCACACGCACAUAACUUGGUGCUUGAGGAGCAGCUCCUCCUCAAAACACAAAGCAGCACUUCCUCUAUGUAGAAAGUAGGUAUUUCCACGAACAAGUACUUCCAAAGUGACUUCCUUUUUUUUGGGGGGCGGGGGAGGUGGUGCUGCAUUUCCAUUGCCUUCAGACCCGAACACUGAAAUAGAGUAACAAUUACUGCCAAACUCAUUUGUUACUCUUUUUCUACUUUUGGCAAUGUGUGGUGUCUCAAUAGUUGUAAAUUCAGGAUUAUGUUUAUACUUCUCCUGACCUUCUAAAAGCAACUGCUCUUAGACAGCUUCCUGAAAUUGGAUUACUGAAGGAAGAACUUUGUUCCUGUAAGGUCAUUAAGGGAGUCUUUUUUUUUUUUUUUUUUUUUUUU